AUGCUAGACCUCGCAACCCGCCGCAAAAUCUGCGAAGAAACAAUCUCGCGCUCCGCCUCCCUCGCCUCCUCCCUCCCCACCGGCACCCUCACCAGCACCUUCAUCCCCUCCCAACUCCCCCCACUUCUCAAAUCCUCUCCUACCUACCCAAAUCUCUCUCUCCACCCCAUACAAAUUCUACACAGCGACGCCUUCGCCCUAGCCCGGCACUUCCAAACAACCCCACCCCCAUCUUCUUCCACCGGCGCCCCGAAAAUCGGUGUCUUGAACUUAGCCUCGGACCAGCAACCGGGAGGCGGCUGGCGCUACACGCUGUCGCGUACACAGGAAGAAGCACUGUGCUAUUCAUCUACGCUGUAUGCUACGCUCCGGCCCGAAUGGUAUCCCUGGCCCAACACGGGUCCCGGAUCGUGCGCGGGCAUCGUGUCACCCGGUGUAGUCGUGUAUCGGGAUACGUUGGAUCGGGAUCUGGUGGAGUUGGAGGAGGAGGAGCGGUUUAGUGUUGUGGUUGUUACGGUUGCGGCGCCGAGAUUUCCGCGGGUAAAGGAGGGUGGGGAGGAGUUUGCGGAUGAAGGGGAAUUGCGGGAUUUGAGGGAGAAGAUUGUGUUGGUGUUGAGGAUAGCGGCAAGAGAGGGGGUUACGAGGUUGGUGCUGGGUGCAAUGGGGUGCGGGGCGUAUGGGUGUCCGCCGCGGGCUGUUGCGAGAGAGAUGAAGGAGGUGUUGGGGAGGGAAGAGUUUGAGGGGUGGUUUGAGGUUGUGGGGUUUGCGAUUUACGCGGCUGGAGUGACAGGACGGAGGAAUCUUGACGUCUUUAAGGAGGUUUUUGGGGUGGAGUGA